AAAUAAAUAAACCAGUGUACCCGAGAUUUUCUUACGGCUCAUUAUUAACCUAUUUUCAGUCCACAGAAAUUUUGCCUUUCUACCUUCUUAAUCUUCGUAAAGAAGAUUGCUUUUGCUUUUAUUGAUCUCAAAACCAGAACAAGAUCCAAUACCAUCAACAUCAUCUGCAGAAGCAGAAGAAACUGAAGCGAGAGAUCGAGAAUGGCAGGUGAUAAAACGAUUGGGGUGGCCUUGGAUUUCUCAAAGAGCAGCAAGAAUGCUCUCAAAUGGGCGAUUGAGAAUUUGGCGGAUAAGGCUGAUACGCUGUAUAUCAUCCACAUCAACCACCAGCCUCUGGAUGAAUCUAACAAUCAACUCUGGGCUAAAUCUGGUUCUCCUCUAAUUCCCUUGACAGAGUUCAGAGAGCCGGAGGUUUUGAAGAAAUACUCUGUUCAAGCCGAUAUCGAUGUGCUUGACAUGCUUGACACUGCCUCCAGGCAGAAAGAAGUGAAAAUUGUCAGCAAGAUCUACUGGGGAGACGCCAGAGAGAAGCUACUUGAGGCUAUCGAAGAUCUGAAACUGGACUCCAUUGUUAUGGGAAGCAGAGGCCUUGGUACCGUCCAAAGGAUUCUUUUGGGGAGUGUGAGCACCUUUGUGAUGACACAGGCACCUUGCCCAGUUACGGUCGUGAAGGAUCUCAGCCCCAGUAUGCACUGAAUGUUUUCUGGAUUUACGGUAAUCGGAGAAGUGGAAGUUAUGUUUUCCGGAUUUCAGCUUUCCUGUUUGUGUUGAACUUGUUAUAGAUAACUUAGAACCAAACGAGGCUUAAUUUAGAGUGUCCGUGUUUUAUUACCGUAUUGGGUAUGCUUACAUGCUUGGUUGCAUUAAUGCUAGAUUUUGAUGAUUUAAAUAAUCAAAGAUAAGCAUGCUACAUGGGGAAUUA